AUGGGAUAUUCCAUGCCAAUCAAGAAUCAAUCGAUCGAAAGAGACAAUUUCAUGGUACCGACAAGAGACCAAAUGUCUCAUGACGAUGCACGAAGUAUUGCCUGA